GAUUAUUUGUAUUAUUUUUUUUCCUUUUCCAUUUUCAUCGAUGAUUUUUUAUUUAAUGAAUUAUACGGCCUUCCCGGUACUGGAAAGUUUUAUAUGAUUUGAUGGCGUAACUUUGCUUAUACUAUGAAGGUUCUUGAUGAUGAGCAACUGGAUGAUGCUAGCCUGCUGAUUAGCAACCUGAACAAUCUAAAGCAUUUAAAACUGAGGAUGUGGCUGGCAAGUGUUGAACUUUGGGGUUUAGCUACCUUGUUGAGCUUGUCACCUAAUAUGGAGUCUCUAUCUAUAGACAUUGGUGAGCCGGGAGAUACGGAUGCUUCAGACAUGUUAGUUAUGUCUAUUCUCAAAGAACAAGCUUUCUGGGAAGGACUUUUAAUUCCUUUUGAAUUUUUUCAUCAUCUGAAAAAGGUUGAGAUCAAGGGCUUUGAGGGGCGAGGCAAUGAAAUAGAAUUUGUAAAAUUUUUGCUCAAGAAUUCAGAAGUUUUGGAGAAGAUGGUUAUUUCUAAUGCUGAUUUGACAGCAAGAUAUGGUAAGUAUAUGAACAGAGGCUACAAGAAAACACUGGAAAAGUUACAGGCACAACAGAACUCAAGUCAAAACUUUUUGUUUCUUCCAAAAAAGUCACCUGGUGCUGAGAUUGUGCUGUGACACUGAAAAGUUUCGUCAGAUGCCAUUUUGGUUCCAAGGUUUCUUGUACUUGGAUCUUCCUUAGAUUUCCUUUUCUUUCUUAAAUAAAACAUUCCUUUGAUGCUUUUGUGGAAGUUUGUAUCCCCUGCAGGGAGAUGCUGAAAAGCAGCAAUUGCUUAAUUUCUUGUUUUCUUCAGGAGUUGGAAGUAUAUUGAAACCAUUUGUUAUGAAUUACUGAAGAAGAACCAGGCCAGUAAUUUACCGCCUUCCUUUUAGAAUUGAACCAUUCAAGUUUCUUUUGAUGAUGCUUAGCUUUAUAUUUUCUAGGCAGUUGCAGAAAGGGAUUGGAUAAGGCAAUAUGUAUUUGUAUAUUGUUUUACCUAGUGCAAAACAUGCAUCUGUUAGAUGAUUUCUGAAUUCACCACCUUGUUUAGGAUUGAACCAUAGGCAUACUUAUCAAUGUUAUUUCAUAUUGUGGUUGCCAAA